AUGUAUAGAACUAUCACAAAGAAGACAAAUUCGGUCGCGAUUGCUAUCUACGAUUACAAGAAAGAUAUAAGGCUGAGCGUUCAAUUGAUUCGUUGGAUGAUGGAGAUAAUUGGCGCAUGGCCGAAAUCUGCUGUGAUCUCAUUGUUAGAGAGAUACGCGUACGCGCUGUUAAAUGUUAUUUGUAUCGGUUUGAUUAGCUUUCUCGUCGUACCCGCUGUUAUCUACAUAGUGCUUGAAAUGGAUGAUGGAUACCUUAUUUUGAAACUCUCCGGAGCAUUGAGUUUCUGCAUAUUGGCCAUCGUGAAAUAUUUUUCGUUAAUCUUUCAUGAAAAAGAUAUUCGUAAUGGUAUCAAGUAUAUCGAGAAUGAUUGGAUAAACACUCAGUAUUACAGUGAUCGGAUUAUCAUGAUCAAGAGCGCGAAAUUUGGUCAACACCUUGUGGCAAUUUGUAUAUUUUUCAUGUAUGGCGGUGCCGUUUUCUUCUAUCUUGCCCUACCGUUCAGUGUUAGCAAAAUUACAGAAGAUGACGGUAACCUGACAUAUCGGCCACUGGUGUAUCCAGUCGCCAGGGUGAUUAUCGAUGUACGAUAUAGUCCUACUAGGGAGAUUUUUUUUUGGAUGCAGUGCCUAUCAGGUUUUCUCGCUCACUCUAUCACUGCUAGUGGAUGCAGUUUAGCUGCCGUAUUCGCGAUGCACGCUUAUGGUCGCAUGGAGAUCCUAAUACAAUGGAUCGAGCAUUUGAUAGACGGACGAGAAGAUUUAUGUGAUAACAUGAAUGAGAGAUUGGCGAUGAUUGUAGAGCAGCACGUACGAAUUUUACGGUGA